UGAAUGUACGUGAUUGAAGCAUCAUUAGUCGCACUCGUUAUUUAUAAUUAUAAAGCAAGAAUAGUGCGUGUAGGUUGCCAGAUAGGAGGCAUCCUGUUUGAUAGGGAGACAUCAAGGCAGACAGAUAACAGUUAACAAAAUUCAGUUUCCUUCGAAUCGAGCCAGUAUCACCACUGGCUCCUAGAUUCCUCUCUUUCCUUCUCUUUCAUCGCAAUUUUUCGUACGAACUAUGACGGUUACUUUCAUCCUCGUCCUCACUCUGCUGAACGAGUGCUUUGGGCAGGUGAUCGAUAUCGGCGAUAUUUGGGAAGUGAAGUGUCCACCAGGAUGUUCCUGCGAGGUCCAGAAGUUCGUCGAUCUACCUUUACACCGAUGGACCAAAACCGAUCAGGAUCAGAAUCCGACCAACGAUGGAGACUUCGAUUUUGGAUCAAAUGUAGACAACUCGAUGAUCCCUGAAUUUCUAAAAGUAGCCAUUUGCGCCGUCACCGAAGACUACGAAGAAUUGCUAGACAAACUACCAUCAGACAUCCAGGUGUUCACGAUACUUCAGUCCGUUUCGAUUGCCGAUUUCGAGAUCCUUUUGCGGUCUGCGACAUUCCAACGUUUCACGGAUUUAAUAUCUUUGGACGUACAAGGCAGCGAACCUCUGCACAAUAAUUUGCAAAAGAAGGAAGGAGGAAUCUUGUUAUCUGUUGAUUCUCUAUAUCCGUUAGGGAUGAAUCUUCUUUACUUGAAUCUGGAAAGAGUCAAACUGACCAGCUUGAGCCCGACGAGGAAGAAUAAAGCCAAUCUCGUAGUGAAACCAAUGAGCACCGACGACGGGAACAGAAAUAAACAACUACUGAACAAUGUCAGUCAAAGCACGGGACACAGACUGAUAUUUCUGAGUCAACAAAACAGCGGCGAAAACGAGGAUAAGGAGAUACUUCCGUACGACGUUUACAAACAGGAAAUGGAAGGCUACAGGGAAACUGUUGCACUUUUCGCCGGGCUGGGAGCUUUGACUCAUCUAAGAAUCUACGAUUGCGAUUUGAAAGACAUAUCAUGGCAUAUGUUCGAUGGUUUAAACAGUCUUGUUCAUCUAUCGUUAGAGAAGAACAGUUUGAAGUUCAUCCCCGAGUUCUGUUUUUACGGUACACCGAAUUUGAAAGUGCUGUCGCUCGCGGGCAACCAGUUGUUAACGCUAAAAAGCGUCGAUCUGGCUGGUUUAUUAAUGCUGGAGGAUCUCGAUUUGAGAGGGAACAAUUUAACUUUCUUGUCGGAAUUGUCCUUCCCACCAUUUCCGAUACUGAAAAUCGCUGACUUCAGGAACAAUCCUUUGGAGUCUAUAUUUCCAAGUACUUUUGAAAUAAUGAACACGACGCUGAAACUCUAUCUGGGUGGUGACUCGAAAUUAUAUCUGCAAAAGAACUCUUUUCUGGGAUUGCGUAAUUUGGAAAUCUUGCAUUUACAUAAUUUAGAAAUACCGAUGCUGGAACGGUUCGUGUUCCAAGGAAUGCCAGAGUUGAUUGAAUUGAAGACAAGGGGGAACAUCACGAGCAUCGAAUUCGAUGCGUUCGUAGAUCUGAUCAAAUUGAUCGAUCUUGAUUUGAGCGACUGCCACAUUCGAAGGAUAUCCAUGGAUGCUUUUUACGGUUUAGAAAACGUGAAACGGAUAGAUCUGUCGAACAACGAACUGGAAUCCAUACCGCCCGGUUUAUUCUCGGCACAACAGCAGAGACAGCUUAGGGAAGUUAUUCUAUCGAAGAACAAGUUGACCUCGCUUCCCUUAGAUUUCUUCAAAACGCUACGUGCACCCAGUCACCAAUCGCAACUGACUACUCUACGACUGGACGGAAAUCCGUGGGACUGUACUUGUUCCAUGGUUACAUGGAACCCUCAAUUGGUGAAUAGAUGGCGAGAAACGGCACCGAGAUGCUCGACACCUAAGCGGUUGAAAAAUUGGGGUGUUUUUUACGCGUUACGAAAAGGCGGCUUGCAGUGCCGGACGUUGAAGAGAAGACGUGCGAAGAAGAUUUCACCGGGAAGGGACAGUUACGAGGAUAACAUCAUCAGCUAGCUAAAUACGUUCCCUUUUAACUCCAAAUGAUCCACGUAUAUACAAGAAAAUUUAACUUUCCCACAAAAUGAUUUUGCUUUGACAAUGUAUAAUUUUUAGUUAGAACUAUGUGUAAUUAGUAGACUGCGGGGGUUAUAUGUACAGAAAAUAUAAAAAAUACAUUCACACACAGAAAAUAUCAAAAGUGAAA